GCUUACUGGGCGCACGCAUCGGCGCGCUUCUUCCUCUUGCCGCGCCCUGGUUUCACCGGCCAGUCUGCAGAAUGAAACAUGCCACACUACCAGCCUCCACAGUCCAGUCUGAGUACUUGUUGAGCGCACAAGUAGAGACAGGAUAGUCUCCUUCUUAAGCUGGCUUUCGAUCGCGAGAGGGCUUGGUCCCAGAAUCGACCAUGAACACUGCCGCUUCCGCACUCGUCCUCUCCGCUCUGUAUUCGCCGGUGCUCGCCAAUGGCGUCGACCAUUAUCUCAUUGGAUUGAACCGGUUCUCAAUACGUGAUUCUCCUAUUCAGAAGCCGAUGGCCGCUGCCACCCCGCCGGACUAUCAUGGGCCGAGCUUCGUCGAAAUGCCGGUCUUCAAGUAUCAAUAUGUCCAACGAGAAAUGAAGAAGGUCGUGGCGAAAUAUGAGGCUGCACCUGAAGUGUUUCAAGGCAUUGGACUUAAUCCUCAGUUGAACAUUCCGUUCGUCAACAACUUUCCGGCGUUCGAUGAUCCCAGUACUGUUACCACGAACAAUUCUGAUGCCAAUCAGCGCGUUUCUCAUGUCCAAAAGCCGUACUCCAAACAAAGUUUACGUGAUUUCAUGUCGGGUCCAAUUGAUAUCAUGUACUUUGGGACACUGGACAUCGGCACGCCUCCCCAGACUUUACCCUUUGACAUUGAUACUGGCUCGGCGGACUUGUGGGUCACCUCGGGCUGCUCGGGCUGCUUCUCGGACGAAUACGACCCAAGCGCAAGUAGCACAUACCAAGACCAGGGUGAAGAUUUCUCCAUCGCCUAUGGUACUGGCGAAGUCUCUGGGCGGUUGGGCAUGGACACUGUAUCACUUGCCGGGUUGAAGUAUACGAACCAGACGUUCGGCGUUGCAAACGUUGAGUCGCAUGAUUUUGACGGCCUUCCGAUCAGCGGAAUCAUGGGUACGGCGUUUGGGUCGAUUUCAACCUCGGGCUCACCGACAGUGUUCGAGAACCUCAUGGCAACAGGCCAGGUUUUAGCGCCAUUUUUUUCAGUCCAUAUGGCAAGGGCAUCAAGGACGGGGUCCGAGGUGUGCUGGGGAUGUUUCGAUAUGAGCAAGGCAAAGGGAGCGAUGACCUGGGUGCCGGUUGAAUCACAAACCUACUGGACGGUCGGAUUGCGAGGUGUAUCAGUGAACGACAAGUUAAUACAGACAGAUAUCUAUGCUGCGAUUGACACGGGUACAUCGUUGAUCUACGUCCCGAGUGCGUUUGCAGAGAAUCUCUACAACCUGAUCCCUGGAGCGAAGCAGUCAGAACAGUUCGGACCCGGCAUUUACACAUUCCCUUGCUCCACAGAUCUCGAAAUUUCGCUGAACUUUGGCGGAACGAACUUUGCUAUAAAUACACGCGAUUUCAAUUUGGGCAAGACGAGUUCGAAUUCUACAGAUUGUGUCGGAGGCAUUUUGGCGCCCGGCGACUCUUUCCCAGACGACCUUGCGAUCGUCGGGGACGAAUUUCUGAAGUCUUGGUACACGGUAUAUGAUUACUCGAAUGGGGCGCGUGUUGGAUUCGCGCCGAGUAUUAACAAUAUCUGAGAACUUCUUUUUGUACUGCAUUUCGAUUUCGUUUCGUGUUCGUGGGUUAUGUGGCGUGGAGUUUUUGCUGAAUUGUUGAAUCUACAUCUGUAUCUGUCUAAUC